AAUCAUUUCGUAGUCCUUUUCACUCAUAUUGUUUAGUAAACAGUAGUAGAAUCUAGAUUUGGAAAGUUAUGUAGAAAAUUACAAUAUUACAGAACGUUAUGAUAGAUAGAUCUAGAUUCUAGAUCUAAUUUUAAAAAAAUAAGAUGAGCUUACCUGAUCUUGGUUUAGUAGACGAAUGUUCUAAAAAAAGGACCCUGACAGAUGUAAGUUGUAUUCUGGAGUUUGCCAAGUUGGAAGCUUCCGACCUAAAACCGGCUGUACAAUGUUUAUAUUUCUCGGAUCACCUUGAAAAUGAUUGUGUCAAACUGUUGGAGAUGGAAGAGCCAGUCAUCGCUGCAUUGCAAGCAGGAAAACGGGUUGAAAUUCGCGGGGAUCCUGCAGAUAGUGCAGUGCUUGUUACAGAUACAUUGACCUUUGACCUAAGGGAAGCAGAAACAUCAAACUCACUGCUCUUGUUGCCAGAUCUUUCAAUGGGGCCAGAUUUGCCUGAGCUUGCAGAAAACCAAAUCAUUAACAGACAGGUAACCUCAGUCAUACAUAAUUACUACGAACUUCGUCCCAUCAAACCAAGACUUAAAAAACUGCGCAGAUUGCUUGAACAGAACCCGUACAGAGGGAGAGAGUGUGAAGGGGAUGAACUGGACACUGGACAAAAAUACACUUUUGAAGAACUCCAGGCCAGCAUCCAAGCCAGCGAUACUGAAAUUAAACUUGGAUUAGUGGCCAUGAAUGCUUGUCUUAUUCAAGGAUUCUGGAGACUGGUUGAGUUUGAGUACAUGGCCACGGUGCUGUACCACGUGAUCCAGCUGUGUGGGGAGAGAGACUGGCUGGACGAGGGCAUCAACAUGGACGAAUGUUGUCACGUUCUGGCUGAUCUGUUUCCCAGGGAGGUGAUAGAACAUCUUGUGGUCAGCUAUUCUAAGGACGGAAUGGACACUGAGAGAACACGAAAUAUUUAUCACCUAUGUGAGGACAAAGUUUGCAAACAUUUUGCUGAGCUGUGUCUCAGGAACUCUGGGAAGUUUAAUCUGUCAGAUUUCCUGAAGGCGUGGCAAGAGAGUGUUCCAGAAGGAUUUAAAACAUCGCUGACACAGAUAGAGGGGAUGGCCUUGGUGGACAGAGAGGUGCGGCCAGAGGUCAUCUGGUACUUUAGUGUGGAUAACUUGCCUGAAGAGGUCAGUGAGAGAUUUGAAUUACUGUUUGAAGAAAAAAAGAAAUGGUCACUUGCUGAGAUUACGCCAUACGUCCAAGACCUGACGGAUGAUAAAACUGACGUCGGUGCCUUGCUGACCAAAUUUGCCAGAGCUUCUCUGCACAAUGGCAUCAAAAUGUUUAGCUCAAGGAAAACAAGCUAGCUAAGCUCCAGAAAAACUAGCAGCUAAGCUCCAGAAAAACUAGCAGCUAAGCUCCAGAAAAACUAGCAGCUAGCUAAGCUCUAGAAAAACUAGCAGCUAGCUAAGCUCCAGAAAAACUAGAAGCUAGCUAAGCUCCAGAAAAACUAGAAGCUAGCUAAGCUCGUAAAGGUGAAAGUAAUGAAUUUGUUUUACUCAUUGCCUGUGUACACAUUAGACUGCAGCUAGAACUAGAAGUUUCUUUGGCUGACUGUGCUAGAAUCAUGAGGGAUGUUUUCAGCUGUUUACAUCAUUAUAUCAUUGGAAGUUUGAAGAAUAAAAAACUGAAAUC